AUCCAAAUAAUGGAGACAUCAUUAUUUAAAAAUAUGUAUUAUACCGGUUUGUAAUUUUUAAAGCAGCUUUUCUAUAAUUUAUUUGAACUCGGUGAAAUGUGUGGAAAGUGCCGGAGUCUUUGUGAAAAUAGAUAAACAUGCAGCAAGCUAACGUUACAGUGGAGCUGCUGCUGGUCAUGUUUAGUGUCUUGUCGGCAGAUAACUGUCCACUAACGGAAGACAAAAUAUGAGGGAUUUAACAUAACUCAGGACGACGCUAUACGAGAGCAGUAUUUUGUUACUUCUGUUGCACUAACUUUGUUGUAAAUGUUAGAUAAGCUAAUCAAGCUAAGUUAGCUAGCAAGCUACAGUGACUUUUCCUCUAAAAGAAGAAGACGAGAGGAAAUACUUGCAAUGUAUCCUGAUGGCUUCAACUUCUGCAGUAGAAAAAGCAACAUGGCGUGAAGGUGACAGGUGUCUAGCUUCUGACCCUAGAGAUGGCACCCUGCGAGAAGCCACCAUCCAGAGACUGACCCCCACCUCUUGCAGUAAUGAUACCACCGCAUGGGUGGUGUUCACUGAUCGUAGUAAAGAUGUGGAGAGGGAAGAAGAAGAGGAGGAAGAAGAGGAAGCUGUGCCUGUUUCAAAACUCAUGAGAUCAGGCUUAAAUCACUUUAACCGGGAGAAACCUGUGUUUGCCAGAAGCGUCACACAUUCCAGGGCAUGUGUCCCUCUAGAGCUGGGUGAUGGGUACAAAGUCCCCUACACCAUCAACAGAUACCUGAGGGAUUACCAGAGAGAAGGUAUCAGGUUUAUUUACAAGAACUUCAUCCAUUCCAGAGGUUGUAUCCUGGGGGAUGACAUGGGCCUGGGCAAGACUGUACAGGUCAUUGGCUUCCUUUCUGCAGUGUUGCACAAAACAGGAACGUGGGAGGACAUUGAGAACAACAAACCUCAGUUUCUGCAGAGUCAGAUUCCCUCCAAGCAGAGUAAACCCAAGAAAGUAUUCCUGAUUGUAGCCCCACUGUCAGUGCUUUAUAACUGGAAAGAUGAACUGGACACAUGGGGUCACUUCCAGUGUGUGGUGGUCCACGGGCUGAGGAAAGAGGAGGAGCUGGCUCGCAUCAAGAAGGGACGCAUUGAGAUCGCUCUCACCACCUACGAGACUCUUCGACUUUGUCUGGACCAGUUUAAUAACAUAGACUGGUCUGCUGUGAUUGUGGACGAGGCUCACAAGAUAAAGAAUCCAAAUUCCCAGAUCACUCAGGCCAUGAAGGAUCUGAAAUGUCAGAUCAGAGUUGGCCUCACUGGUACCAUCUUACAGAACAACCUUGAGGAACUGUGGUGCGUCAUGGACUGGGCCAUACCUAGUUGUCUUGGCAGCUUAGGACAUUUUAAGAGCAAGUUUUCAGAUCCCAUUGAACAAGGGCAGAGACACAAUGCAACAAAACGUGCCCUAGCCAUAGGGAGGAAGACUGUCAAAGCCCUGGUGAAGAAGAUUUCUCACAGGUUUCUCAGAAGGACUAAAUCUCUGAUCAAGGAACAACUGCCUAAGAAGGAUGACAGGGUGGUGUAUUGCUCUUUGACCAACUUUCAGCGCACAGUAUAUCAGACGGUACUGGACACUGAAGAUGUGACAUUGCUGCUGAGGUCUUCAGAGAAAUGUGACUGUCAAAGUGGACGUACCCGAAGAAGCUGUUGCUAUAAAACAAACUCAGAAGGUGUAAAAAUUAAGGAGCUAUACUUUAGUUACUUGGCCAUAUUGAGGAAGGUUGCCAACCAUGCAGCACUGCUACAGUCCACUGCAGGAACCAGCAAGAAACAGGAAAAGUAUGUGAGUGCCAUUUGUCAAAAAGUAUUCCAGAAGUUCCCAGACUUUGUGCAAAGAUGCAAAGAUGAAGCAUUUGAGGCCCUGUCCGACCCGAUGUACAGUGGGAAAAUGAAGGUUUUGCAGAAGCUGCUCAAAUUUUAUCUGCAAAAGAGAGAUAAAGUGCUUCUUUUUUCUCUCUCAACUAAGCUGUUAGAUGUACUGGAGAGCUACUGCAUGGCUGAAGGGCUAGACUACAGCAGGUUGGAUGGAACCACCAAAUCCAAAGAGAGAGUCCAGAUUGUCAAAGAGUUCAACAGCUCCUCUCACAUCAACCUCUGCCUGGUUUCCACCAUGGCGGGUGGUCUUGGUCUAAACUUUGUAGGGGCCAACGUGGUAGUACUGUUUGACCCAACAUGGAACCCAGCCAAUGAUCUCCAGGCUAUUGACAGGGCUUAUCGUAUUGGCCAGUGUAAGGAUGUGACUGUUCUCAGACUGAUCUCACUGGGGACUGUAGAGGAAGUUAUCUACCUCAGACAAGUUUACAAACAGCAAUUGCAGUGCUCAGUUAUGGGCAAGGAGAGUGCGCGGCGGUACUUUGAGGCAGUGCAGGGGCAAGGUGUCCAUAAGGGGGAGCUGUUUGGGAUCAAAAACCUCUUCAGGCUGCAGACCCAAGGGACAUGCCUUACUCGCAAGAUUUUAGAGCGAGAAGGACAAGUGGAGGCUGGUGUAAUGACAACCAGCACACACACAGGCGAGGAGAAGGAGGAGGAGACGAAGAGAGUUAGCGAACCUGGAGAUUCUUCAACUACAAAUGCCGCUAUACUAAAUGAUGAACCAAUCAAGGAGAACAGAGAUGCAUCAAAGAUCCCUAGAGGGGUGCUUGACUUCAGCAGUGGUAGCGAAGAGGAUGAGGAGCAGCAGGGGCUUAGGAGGAAAGCCUCAGACCAUAGUGCAGCGGAUGGCACAAGGGGUGGGAAUGCUGCCACUGGUCCUGGUCGAAUGACUCUCCUCCAGCACGGUUUCUCUAGACUGCUCCAAGCGGUCAAAGAAAAACCAGAGUCAGGAGAAGGGGACAGUAGUCCAGAUGUUGAAGAAAUCACCUCUGACGAAGACAAUAAAGAUCAAGGGAACUCAAGAAAUAAGGACAGUACCUCCACUGGCACCAAUAAGAACUCCAGUGCAAGGAAUGGUGCAGUUUGUCUGCCUAAAUUGGGAACAAGGGUGGGAGAAAAUGGAGAUGGUGGGAGACAAGAGAGGAUUUCUCUGUUGAAAGAGACUGAUGAUGCCGUAAGAAAGAGUCUGGUCCAGAAAGGUUGGACAUGUAAGAAAAUUAUAGUGGAUGAGGAGAGUGAUGAAAACUCCUCACCAGACAGAAAGAAACGUAACAAGCUCAAAACCCUAGUUCCCAAAGUGCACCAAUUCAAGGGUUACUCAGAUGAAUCUGAGGAUUUGGACAUAGAUGCAAUGACAUGCCCUAAAAAGGAUGCUUUAAGUUCACACAGUAGCGGAGGAAGAGAAGACCACAACAGAAAGAGGCCAAGCGCUAGUGUGAGGCACAAAGCCAGAUCCAAACACACAGAGGACAUAGAGACUUUUACAUCUUCAGAGGAUGAGUACACUCCUGUUAAGAAAGGGAGAUCUAGAGGAUGUCACUUUACAUCUCCACAGACGGAUAGAUCCAGAUCUGCAACAAUAGACAGGACAAGCACAGAGAAGCAAGCAGAGGCAUCCAAAGCUGUUUCAUUUACGCAUCUGAGAAGUCAGAAAUCCCCGGCAUCCAAAGGAGUGGAUAGAACCAUUGACAGUGUGCUAGGCGGUGUACAAGAGGUGGUGUAUACCCACUCUAACCAACGUGUUGUGGGCGGGAGCAAAGCGGAGGAACGGAUCAGUAGAGCCGCUGUACGAGAUGUGUUUGAACGAAAGAUGUAUUCUCAGCUCCCAGCUAAUCACCUUCUCAGCACCCAGGAGAGCUUGUCGUCAAGCCUGCCAGACAGUCCACCCUACCCUGCUACUGUCAAACCGGAGGAACCAAGUGUGGACCAUUCGAUAACCUUCACCAACAAGAGUGUACACCACACCAGACAAACCACUUUCAUCAUUGGAGAAACUCCCGAGGCCAUACGCAGGCAGCAGCUGGAGGAGAUGGCGGCAAAAUUAAAAUUUCCCUCAGUCCAUCAAUUUGCAUCGGAGGUUCUGAGAAGCAACUCAACCCAGAGACUGGCCUGGUUACGGCUGUAUUACACCUCACUGAACCAUCCAGAACUGGCCAACACAGUCACAAACAACUUCCCACAUCAUGAUUCAGCGCUGACUUCCUCUUCUUCAACUGCUACCUCCACACCAUCCACCAAAGCAGCACCUCAGACAGCUGCCACAAAGUCUCACACAGAGACCAGAACCCUACAAAAGGAUGGUCCUAAACCCAAGAAGAGGUCUAAAUACCCUCAGAAGUAUCUGGAACCCCAGACCAAGCCUGGAACCCUACAAAGCAAUGUUUCUCUGCCUCAGAAGCCAAAAAUCCCACAAAAUGAUGUUCCGGAACCCAAGAUAAAGCCUAAAAAAGGUGGUUCAGAACCCCAGAAAAAGCAAACGAACCCACACAAGAAUGUUCUAGAAGCUCUAAGUGAUGUUCCAAGUCCUGAGUCAGAGGAGCAGGAGGAGACGGUCUGCAGUGCCAGAGGACACAAGAGGACAAAGAGGGGUAGUGUUUCUAGUUCUGGAGCCUUCAGAGCUGGUGGUGGUCUUGGCGUGGAUCGGGCCGGCAGCAGUGGUCUGGGGCCCGGGGAGGCUGCUGCUUUCCUGAUCCACGAAGACACAGAUACUCCUUCUUCUCUGGACCUCAGCCAUGACUGGUCCACCACAUUGUCUAAACCCACAGCACAGGGAGCGGAGCGAGAGCAAAAAUCGUCUUCCACAACUAGUGAAACUUUUCAAGGGAAGAAAGUAAAUGUUCAAGCCCUUUCCCCUCCAGAACAGGCCCCAUCUAUCUCCAGUCACCGUUCCCUCCUCACAGAUCUGUUAGGAGACACCUCAAUCCUCGACGACUUGUUAAAACCCAAGCUCAGGGGUGCACAGCAGAGCAGAUCCCCAAAAACACCAGCUACAUCCUCCUCAGUGUCAGCAAACACAUGUCUUGCCACACCUCCAUCCAGAAAUGCUGUUAAUACUGAUCCUGGUGCACGAGACUCUCUGUCCUCUCAAAGUUCACACACAUCACCGCCACCACCUACACACCAGACAGCAUCAAAGGGCAGCCGCAAAGACUUCUGGGACAUCCUGAAUGAGGGUAAUGAAGAGAGUAUCAACAGGUUGACAGAUCUGGCAGAAGUGCAGAGGGUUUGCAUCAACACAAACUUUGCAGCUAGAACUCGGUCUAUAGGGGAGGGGAGCAAGAGUCUGUGGAAGACUAACGAGAAGUUUCUGUGGAAGAAAUAAUACAGAAGACAUUUUAGAUUGUGUUAAAUUUGUUCUUAGAUGUCUACUAGUUUUGCAGUUCUAAAUGAACGGUUUAUAAAGACAAAUACUAUGAAAUAAGAUUUUAUACUAUCAUCUGUACCUUUUUAAAUGUUUUUUUAAAAAAAGUUUUAUUUCUACCAUUAAUGAAAUAAUGAAAACAUUCUGUGUUAACCCAAUUAGUGAGUUACUGGCAUAAUGUCGAGUGUUACUUGAAUAAACAACAUGUUCAUCACUCUUGGAAUGUAAA